AUGCCUAUUCAGACAGCCACCCUUCGAAUUGCUCGUCCAUCAGACAACAUCGAUGCAUUGAUACCAUUCUAUGUCGAUGGCCUAGGCUUCGAGCUGCUCUUCCGCUUCAACCAACACGAGAACUUUGACGGCAUCAUGCUCGGCCACAAAGGUGCAGGGUACCAUCUUGAGUUUACGGCCAAAAACGGCCACGCCGUCGGCCAUGCGCCGACAGAGGAUAACCUGCUCGUCUUCUAUCUGCCCGAAGGAAACGACUUUAACGAGGCAGUGGCGAGGAUGGAGAAGGCUGGGUUCAGUGCCGUGACGAGCUUUAAUCCUUACUGGGAUCGAUGUGGCAAGACAUUUGAGGAUCCGGAUGGAUAUCGUGUCGUCUUGGUGAGCACUGAGUCACCGUUUUGAAAUAAGCAUUGGGAGAAAAUGGUAGAGAAAAGAGUCAAGGCAUAUGACUCUCGCCAUGAUUCCGCUACAGGGAUGAGAGCAGCAUUGAAACGGCUUGGAGAGGGGUAUGGGAAUGCUCUUCUGUGCGUGUAGUUGGACUACUCCGUACAUGUGCUAUCCUGAAUUAAUACGAGUACCCAGGCUGUUGUGUU